AUGGCGGUGGCAACUUCACGCCAGAUAUGCCUUCGGGCCUGCAAACCUCCUCAGAGCGUGAAUGCAUACCAUGGACCAAGAUAUGCCUCGGGUCUCCCCCGAUGGUAUGCCACCACAGCUCAGGACGAGCGUCAACCUGAUCCUGCCAACAUCCGGUGGUCGGAAAUCCGCAAACGAGCGAGUUCGGCGCUGGACACUCACUCGGAGGUUUCGGUUAAGCGAAAGGAUCAUUUGCUUGGUAAACUGUCGAUAUGCGCGCCAACGGAAGCGAGUUCCAGGCGCAUCUGGUACGGGGAACUGGUGAAGGCCCUGGAAAGUGAGAACCCGAUAAAAGGUAUCGAGGACUUCGCGACUCCAGCAUUUAAGACUCUAGACUGUCCCGAUCUACCCUUAACUUCUGCGCCGUCAAACAAAGCCGAAGCUGCCUCAAUUCUCGAAUCCGCUACUCUGGAGUUCAUCCGGAGACACAAGGAGCUUCCCACCCCAAAAGACUAUCCUGAAUCGAAUUGGGAACUGUGGGACGGAAACUAUCCUCGGAAGAUACUUGAAGAAUUGUGUCAGCAGGCAAAAGCUCAACUCCGAGUCUCAUGUGUCUAUAAAUCCAGGAAAGAGCUUCUGGAUGUGUACAAACAGGCCAUGGGCGCUGACCAAUGGGCAUGUUUUGCCCAAGUUAGCAUAGGCCAGCUGCGUACAGAAAGGAGCGCCGGUGUAGGAUCGGGGAAAGAUUCCGCGGGUAUGGCAGCUUUGACAAACGCGCUGUCAAGAUUGCACACCAGUGGUGCACUCAAACAACUGCUUGGGCAGAAAGAAUCGAAGCAGAAUUCGCGCGCGCAAGGAGGAAACAAGCCACAUCGAGAGCAACUGCCGCUUAGCGAUGACAAGAAGGAAGGAGGCCACCAGGAACGACUGUCCACUUCCGGUAGUGCACCGGGAUUUCCUACACGCGAACAAUACCCCUCUGCUCCCGAAACGCUGUUCGACGCCAAGAAUAUAUCAGAAACACUGCAUAGCACAUGCGCCAAACUUCAAGAGCCGUGUAGGCAGGAAAUAAAAUUCCAAACAUUCAAGUUCGGGAAGCGAGAAUACACCUCUUGCCGUCUUACGCUUGAUAUACUCAAGACACGUACCAACGCCAAAGGCAAAGGACCCAGCAAAGUUGCGGCAAAGCGAGACGCAUGGGUGCACAUGUUGCCGAUCUUACAUACCAAUGGCGUGUUACGUCAAUUGUAUUCCGACCACGGCGAUCCCCGAAACCAGACGAACACCGUGCAGUCUCGUACGGCUGAAGAGGAAAUUCAAUUGGUCAAUGUCGCUGCUCACACACUGCGUGAAGAGAAAGACGCAAAGAUCGAGAUAUACAACUAUGCCGCCAGCCUUGGUCUGAUACCAGAUUGCAGCUUUCGUACUGUGAAUCCCCGAUCUCGCCGGCUCAAGCGUGCUUUGGGAAAGGCAAAGUUGCCAGUUGAAGUGGCCAUCAAAGUACCUGAGCUCAAUAUUGACGUUGUAAAGGUCGGUAAAGACAUGGCUACCGCCGAAGUCGCCGCCGCUAUAGCCUUCAAACGCGAGGCUGAGGAGCAACAAAAGCUUGCGGGCGAUGCGCCCGUUCAGUCGCAUCUGGAAGGCUCAGACCACGGCCUCUUUAGUGUUGAGAGUGCACCUGAGUUUUUCGAGCUCUAUCGGUCGCGCAACAGAGGCUGCCAAAUCAGCGUGGAAAACGAACCCGUGAACAUCGGCUCUCAGACGUUCCACAAGGCGCAAAUCGUUUUGGACGGAGAUUCCAUUGGCGAAGCAGUUACAAUGAAGAGCAAGAAGACCGCAGAAGCGGUGGCUUAUCUCACUGCUGCUGUAGAUAUCGCGCGACAAUCGCCUGAGAUGUUGCAGGCAUUCACUGAGGCGAUGCAGAAGGGCAAUGGGAAGGUCAUCCGCGAUGCACCGAUGGUUGAAGUCAAUGUGAAAUCGGCAGUUCUGGAACUGAUGCGAGAAACUCUCACCGCUGCGAGACGGGCUGGCCUUUCAGACGCGAAAGGGACGCUGACAGCCGAGAAGAUUCACGACGACUCUUCGAAUCGGAGGCGGAAUAACAGAGAGCUCUCGGACAAGCAACGCGAUCUUGCCAGCGGCAAACAUACCAGAUGCCUUCGAGAAUUUGAGAGUGACCCGGCACUGCACGAGAAGCGAGCCGCAAGAGACUCACUACCAAUGGCGCAGCAUAGCUCAGAGGUGCUCCAACUGACUUCUGACUGUGUCUACGGCAUCGUUAUCGGGGCUACCGGCAGUGGUAAAACGACUCAAGUUCCACAAAUCAUAUUGGACGACGCCAUCAGCCGUGGAAAGGGUGGGUACUGCGAUGUAAUAUGCACGCAACCGAGAAGACUUGCCGCGACUUCUGUGGCACAAAGAGUAGCUGCAGAGCGUAACGAGCCACUCGGAAGAACGGUGGGCUAUCACGUCCGGCAUGACUCUAGGCUUCCGAGUCCGGGCGGAAGCAUCACUUACUGCACUACUGGUAUACUGCUUGAGCAGCUCAAACAUGAUCCCAAUGGCAUCAUGGACUCGGUGUCCCAUCUCGUCAUAGACGAGGUACACGAACGAGACUUGCAGAUUGACUUCCUGAUGAUCAUCAUCAAGAAAGCUAUCAAAGCUCGGCAAGAAGCUUCCAAACCGGUUCCCAAGGUUAUUCUCAUGUCGGCCACUUUGGACGCCAAGCUCUUCUCGGGAUACCUUGGCUCGACUGGAAAGGAUGGCCAGUUGGUGCCCUGUCCCGUCGUGAGCGUGCCUGGGCGAACGUUUCCAGUGGAGGAAUCCUAUCUUGGCGACCUGCUGCCCAGGAUGAGAGCGAGUUAUGCUCAUGACUUUACCGCUCUGAUAGAAGCCGAUGCAGCGUCGAAGGACUUUGUCUAUGCGGAAUUGGCUUUCGCAGAGUCUACCAGUGGCACGCCGAGGGAUAGUUCGAUUGAUUGGAAACGUACUUACAAGCAAGCUGUUGCUGACGAUUCGCCGACGGCAGCAGAAGAAAAGUCGGAAGCGCUGGUUCCAGUCAACCUGAUAGGCGCCAUGAUUGCGCAUAUCUGCAAAAGUAGCGCGGAUGGGGCUAUCCUUGCCUUCUUACCAGGACUUCAAGAGCUGACUGCGACACGCGAGCUAUUGAUACAGCCCAAAGGCGUUCUGGGCGUGAACUUCGCAGACGACACGAAAUUCAAGAUAUGUCUGCUCCACUCCAACGUUCCCCCGGAGGAGCAGCAGAUCGCUCUUAAGCCCAUGCCUCCUGGAUGUCGUAAGAUCAUUCUAUCGACGAACAUCGCCGAGACGUCCGUCACUGUACCGGAUGUGAAGUUUGUGGUGGACAGCGGAAAGCUCCGCGAAAACCGAUAUGAUCAUACGCGUGGCAUAACAAAGCUGCAGUGUACGUGGGAGAGCAACUCAAACGCCAGACAGCGCGCCGGCCGUGCGGGUCGUGUGCAAGCAGGUAACUACUAUGCAGCGUUCUCGCGGGAGAGGCGACAAGCCAUGCCCGCUUCUGGCCUGCCAGAACUUUUGCGCAGUGACUUGCAGGAGACGUGUCUAGCUAUCAAGGCUCAAAGAUUCGAGGAGCCAGUGUCAGAGUUCCUAAGUCAAGCAAUCGAGGCGCCGCCUCGCACUGCUGUCGACAACGCAGUGGAGAAGUUGAAGGCUUUGGAGGCAUUGACCGAGAACGAGGAACUCACCAUGUUGGGAAGAGUGCUCUCCCGGCUACCAGUACAUCCGUCGCUUGGCAAGAUGAUUAUACUGGGAAUCAUAUUCCGAUGUCUCGAGCCUAUGCUUGUGCUUGCCGCAAUGAGUGAUGAGCGGUCUUUCUUCGCCACGCCUCCUGGGUCCAAGGAGAUUGUCAGGAAAAUCCGGAAUUCUUAUGGCAAGACCGAUUCUGAUCAGCUCACUUCUUUGGCCGCUUUCGAUGACCUUCGGCGAUAUCGUGACCAGAAUUCUCCGGUUGCAGCUAUGCGCUAUGCACAUGCGAAAUACCUGCACAUGGGCGCUUUUCGGUCUAUAGCAUCCACAGCAAGACAGAUUGAAGAGAUAUUGUUGGAUGCCGGCUUGAUUGCUCCCUUUCCGAGAACCCGAUCUGCGUCCCAGCUCGGUGGCGGCGCUUUGAACCGCAAUUCGAAGAACGAAGCCUUGAUUAAAUCUCUGCUCCUUGCUGGUCUACAUCCAAACCUGGGAGUUCAACCUGCCGGCAAACACAGGGGAUGUCGGACUAGGACAGAGAGGGGUAUCGCUCCCCCCGGUAAAUUUCAGGAUCGCCUCAGACCCGUUUCUAGGGACGGUGAAGCCCAGCUCUUCACAUACAAUGUCCUGGCUAAGGCCGCAACGGGAGACUCCUUGUUCAUGCGCGAAAGCACCCGCGUCACGCCACUGAUGGCUUUGCUCUUCGGUGGCAAGCUUGAGACGAGCAACUGGUCAAGACUCGUCAUGGAUGAGUGGCUGCCGUUCAAGAUCAGGUGUUUGGAUUGGAAGUACGGCACACAGCUGACGUUAGAAUUCAAGAAGGCUUUGGGACGGAUGUUGAAUGGCGCUUUCCAGGAUCUGAGCGAGGUGCGGGAUGGGCAGAGCCUCGCUGAUGAUCCUGUGCGGGAAAAGUUUGUUUCGGGGCUUGUGGAGUUGUUGCGGGAGGAUCAGGAGUGA